ACGAACACUUUUUCAAGGUCUUGCAGUCGGGGACCAAGCUCUAUUUGAAUCAAACUUAGAAAGCUGGAGAAAAGAUGCCUGUGGUACAUUAACAACUUCCCCACAAAACGUAAUCGCAAAACAAGCAAUUUGUUCUGUAUUGACCAUGCUUCAAAAUACAAAAAAUGGAAGAUCAAUUUUACAGUAUUAUGAGGAAAACAAAAUCCUCCACGAAGAGCAGAGGCAGUUGCUUAUUAAAACUAUUGCAGCUUAUAUUGAAUCCAAGGAUAUGACUUACUCGAUGACCGAUUGUAAGGAAAUGGAAAAAGAAAUAUGCUCCAUUUUUCCCACCGAACAAUUGGAAUAUUACAACAAUGGGAAAAGAGGAAAGUUAUAUUCCAAAAUUUAUAAUUUAAAAAGGCUUUUCAAACAAGUUCUUCAACCUAAAGAGCCUGCUCAGGAGGAAUGUCAUCAAGAAUAUGUUUCAGAAUCAGAUGCCAAAUAUGCUGUUGAAAAUCUCCGUAGUAAAGGUAUAUCAGCUGACGAUUUCGAUAUCUUUUGGAGAAAGUGCUCGCAAUAUAGAUUUAAACAAAUGAUAGAAUCUAAGUCCACUGCAGAUAUCUUACAUGAAUGGCCGGAGUACACAAGACCUUCUGGAUUCCAGCUGAUUGAUAUUGACUUCCAUUUAAAUAUAAGGAUGCUAUGGAUUUGA